UAGGGCUGGAAGCAUGCCCUCUGUGCAGCUGGAUCGGAACCCAAGGCAGCACUGGCAGAAGGUGCUGUUCAAGAAGCAGCCAUUUCCCGACAACUUCGUGGACCAGAGCUUCCUGGAGAACCUCCGCAAGAACAUCCACGCACGCAAGUACCAGUACUGGGCCGUGGUGUUUGCGUCCGGCGUGAUGAUCCAGCAGCUUUGCAGCGUCUGCGUCUUCGUCGUCAUCUGGUGGUACAUGGAUGUAGGACUGCUGGCUCCCCAGUGCUUAUUUGGAGCCGGCCUGGCCGCCUCCCUCAUGGGCUACGUCUUCUUCGAUGCCGUCGACUCGGGAGCGGGGAGGAAUGAGAGCGGGCGGACCCGGUGGGCGGACCUGAAGAACUCCGUGGUCUUUGUGGCCUUCACCUACGGCUUCUCCCCGGUGCUGAAGACCCUGACCGAGUCCAUCAGCACCGACACCAUUUACGCGAUGUCGGCCUUCAUGCUCCUCGGGCACCUGAUCUUUUUCGACUACGGGGCCAACGCCGCCAUUGUGUCCAGCACCCUCUCUCUCAACAUGGCCAUCUUUGCCUCCGUCUGCUUGGCCUCCCGCCUGCCCCGCUCCCUGCACGCCUUCGUCAUGGUGACCUUUGCUAUCCAGAUCUUUGCCCUCUGGCCCAUGCUGCAGAAGAAGCUCAAAGCCCAGACCCCCCGUUGCUAUGUGGGCAUCACUUUGCUCUUUGUCGCCUUUGCUCUGGGGGGCCUGCUGACCAUCUCCAGCGUCGGCACGGUUCUCUUUGCCCUCCUGCUGGUAUCCAUCUCGUGCCUGUGCCCUUAUUGCCUCAUCAGGCUGCAACUCUUCAAAAACAAUAUCCACGGCCCUUGGGAUGAAGCGGAAAUCAAAGAAGACCUCUCCAGGUUCCUCAUGUAGACCCAUGU